GUAAACCGACGCGGUCUAAAAGAGUUAUUUUAUGGACAAGUUCCAAUGAGACGAUAAGACGUUAAGGUUGUUAAGGCUCUGGAGUAAUGCAACUGGCAUCAUUGGAUAUCGCAACCUGGGCGCUUGCCUAUGUCGGUAGAGAACCUUGGAAAGCGCAGAAACCUAACUGACUUGCAUGUGGUUUCAAUAGAAGCGCUUUCCAACAUCACGUCCCCCAUUUUGUCCCCUCUGCCCCGCCUUGUUCUGCGUAUCAAUUCAACUCUCUUCCAAUUUCAUCAUCCUAGAAAGUCCGUCCUCAAACAGCCAAGAGGUAGAUACCUGAACUUCCGACAUAUAAAAGCUCGGUCCCUCAAAACAUUUACCCCACCUCGAAAUAUAAACCGACAUCAUGGUCAAAGCCGUUGUUGCUGGUGCCUCUGGCGGUAUUGGACAGCCCCUGUCCCUCCUUCUGAAGCUCUCCCCCCUCGUCGACGAACUCGCCCUCUACGAUGUCGUCAACACUCCCGGCGUUGCAACCGAUCUUUCCCACAUCUCCUCCACCGCUAAAGUAACGGGCUACUUACCCAAGGACGAUGGCGGAAAAGUCGCCUUCAAGGAUGCCGACAUCAUUGUCAUCCCUGCCGGCAUUCCCCGUAAACCCGGCAUGACCCGUGACGAUCUGUUCAACAUCAACGCCGGAAUCGUCAAGGGCUUGAUUGAGAUUGCUGCCGAGGUGGCUCCUAAGGCCUUCAUCCUCGUCAUCUCUAACCCAGUCAACUCGACCGUUCCUAUCGCGGCCGAAGUUUUAAAGGCUAAGGGUGUUUUCAACCCCCAGAGGCUGUUCGGUGUCACCACCCUCGACAUCGUCCGUGCCGAGACUUUUGUCGCUGAGAUUGCAGGCAAGAAGACUGGUUCUGAACUGACUGUUCCCGUCGUUGGUGGUCACUCCGGCGAGACCAUUGUCCCCCUAUUCAGCAAGGUUAGCCCUAGUGUGACAAUUCCGGAUGACAAGUACGACGCCCUUGUCAACCGUGUCCAAUUUGGUGGUGACGAGGUUGUCAAGGCCAAGGAUGGUGCUGGUUCCGCCACGUUGUCCAUGGCUUUUGCUGGAUUCCGUUUUGCGGAGAAGGUAUUGAAGGCUGUCAAGGGUGAGAAGGGUCUCGUCGAGCCUAGUUUCGUCUACCUCCCCGGUGUCCCAGGUGGCGAAGAGAUCAAGAAGGCAACUGGCUUGGACUUCUUCUCUGCCCCUGUUGAACUCGGACCAAAUGGUGUUGAGAAGAUUACCAACCCCUUGGCUGGUAUCUCCGAAAAGGAGAAGAAGUUGGUGGAUGUCGCCGUCGAGGGCCUAAAGGGCAACAUCCAGAAGGGCAUCAGCUUUGCUCACAACCCCCCUCAAAAGUUGUAAAAGUGACGUGCGUAACCGUCGGAUCAUAACCAGACCAUCUCGUAUCCAACCAAGUUCAUGUCAAAGGGGUUUCGGGGGAAUUCCGAGGGAGGCAAUUUUGGUUUAACGGAUUUCAUAGAGAGGGUUCUCGCUGGAUGCUGGGGGUGUUUUUUCCUGUCGGCGGAACACGUGAUGGAAGGAGUAUAUAAGUGUACGGGCAACACCUGUGCGGGUAGUGGACGAUUCAUCAUCAGAAACACCAAUAUGUAGAUAUAUUUGACAGCAGCAACCGACACCCUAAACGCCGUUACUUCUAAAU